AUGAUAAAAAACGCGAAAAUCAGUCGAAUGAUAUCCAUUGUUUGUUCCACUCUUACCUACUUCAUGCUACUCGCUUUUAUAUCGCUACAAAUUUGGAGUAACAUGCAAAACGCGUCAGAAGUCGAUCUAGGAGGGCUCCUUCAUCCAGCCACGUUCCCUUACGACACGAAUAAGAGUCCAAAUUUCGAGAUCACAUGGCUGGGACAAUUUAUGGGCACAGUACUAACUGCAAUAUGCUAUUCCUGCUUCGACACGUUCCUUGCGGUUCUCGUGUUACACUUGUGCGGUCAAUUAACUGUUCUUCGGGUGGCUCUCGAGGAUCUAGCGAACUCGACAAAGAGUAAUAAUUACACAACAUUCCACGAGCGACUGGGACUCAUUGUGAACAGGCAUAAUCAGUUGUUUAGGUUCGCUGUGAUCGUGGAAGAUUGUUUCAAUCUCAUGUUACUUGUUCAAACUAUAAUCUGUACUACGAUGUUCUGCCUCACUGGAUAUCGCAUGAUAACUUCCGUAGAUCAGGAACAAGCAGAAGUACCAAUUGUUGGAAUGAUAUUCUUUAUCAUACACGUAAUUUAUACUAUGCUGCACCUUUUCAUUUAUUGCUACGUGGGAGAAAUGCUUCUUGGACAAAGUACUGGUAUCAGUGAAUCAGUAUACGAUUGCAAUUGGUACGAUUUACCACCGAAAAACGCAGUUUCAUUAAUUAUAGUAAUAUGUCGUGCAAGAGUAUCGUUUCAAAUAACAGCUGGGAAAUUCAGCCCCUUUUCUCUUGAACUUUUCAACGCUUAGCUUUAGGAUGGAAUCGUAGGAACAUGGAAUUCAUUGGCAUUUGGCCGGAACCGGCUAGAACCGACGAACGAUUGCCAAACUUUAAAGUUCUAUUUUUCGUGUCUAUAAUAUUUCUAUUUGGAAUCUUACCGGAGAAUGUGAAUCUAUAUUUCAUAUCGGGGAAUCUUGAUCUAGUGAUGGAAAAUCUAACGAUGGCUAAUUUACCUGCUUUGAAACCCGUCAUCAAAUGUUUCUAUGAUGACUGGUACAGGGUAAAAACAGAUGAGGAAGAAGCACUGAUGUUGAAGAUGGCUAAACCCGCCAAAUUUAUUUCUGUGUUGUGUUCGAUGUUAAGCUUAUCGAUGCUCGUUGCGUACCAAAUCCUUCGAAUACUUGCCAUCUCUUUGACUGAUAAAGCAAGUGUACAUCAGGAUCGCUUGAUCAUAUAUCCUGCAUAUUUUCCUUUUGAUAUUCGACCAACAUCAAGAUUGUUAAUAAUCAAUUUUGCUCAACUGAUAGCAGGAUAUUCAGACACUCUUGCUUAUAGCACGGUCGACACUUUCAUUGCCAUGUUGAUCAUGCAUAUUUGCGGACAAUUUGCGAUUUUAAAGAAGAAAUUAUUAAGGUUGAUGGACAAUGACAGACAGAGUAAAAGCAUCGAUGAGUUUCAAAAGGAGCUGGCUUUGAUUAUCAACAAACACGAGCAACUGAACGGACUCGCGGCAAAGAUCGAAGAAUGCUUUAAUAUGCUCUUAUUGCUUCAACUGUUGUUCUGCACCAUCGAAAUUUGUCUCCAAGGUUUUAUACUUUUCAAUGUGAUACUUCAAAACGAAAAUGGAAUCUUCCAAUUUCAAAUGGUUCACUUCAUCAUCUUCGUCAGCUUCGUGCUCGUGCAUAUAUAUCUCUAUUGUUAUAUAGGCGAGACGCUCCUCGUUCAAAACCAAGAAUUGAGCGACUGCGCAUAUGAAUCGAACUGGUAUAACGUCUCACCUUCUGAAGCCAGGUGUCUUCUAUUCAUCAUGAACAGAUCCAUUCGUCCACUCUGUUUGACAGCAGGAAAAUUUAGCACUUUUUCGAUGGAAAUGUUCAGAUUGAAAAUAGCUUUAGGAUGGAAUCGCUGGGGUAUGGAAUUAAUUGGUAUCUGGCCGGAGCCAAGUAGAACCAACGAGCGAUUGGCAAAUUUUAAAGCACUACUUUGUUUGUCCAUUGUAUUUAUGUUUGGUGUUGGACCGCAGAGUGCGAAUCUAUUUUUCAUAAAGGAAAAUCUUGAGUUGGUUACAGAAAAUUUAUCGACAGCUAAUAUACCUGGCAUGAACCUCAUCGUGAAGUCUUUCUACGACGACUGGCACGAUGCAAAAACGAAAGAGGAAAAAGAGGAGAUGCUGAAAAUGGCUAAACCUGCCAAAUUAAUAUCUGUGUGGUGUUCGUCAUUAAGCCUCGCUAUGACAACUCUAUAUCUAGGUCUUCGAGCGGUUACUGUUUAUCUAACUGAUAAAGCAAACGUAAACCAGGAUCGUUUGAGCUUGUAUCCCGGAUAUUUCCCUUUCGACGUUCGACCAGCAUCGACAUUGAUAAUGGUCAAUUUCGCUCAAGUGAUCGUGGCAUACUCAGGAGCUAUUUGUUACACUACGCUCGAUACCUUUAUUACGAUGUUGAUCAUGCACAUAUGUGGACAAUUCGCGAUUCUAAGAAAGAAAUUAUUAAGGUUAAUGGGCGACAAAAGAGAAAGUAGAAGCGUGAAUGAGUUUCAAAAGGAACUCUCCUUAAUUGUCACCAGGCACGAGAAACUGAACGGGCUAGCAGGGAAGAUCGAAGAGUGCUUCAGCAUGCUGUUGUUACUUCAAAUAUUGCUCUGCACAAUUGAAAUCUGUUUCCAAGGUUUUCUGUUUCUCGAUGUAUUACUUAAAAACGAAAACGGGAUCUUCAACUUCCAAUUGGUUUUCUUCGUCCUCUUCGUCUGCUUCAUCCUCGUUCACGUAUAUCUCUACUGUUACAUAGGCGAGAUGCUUUUCGUUCAAGGUAAGGAAAUGAGUGAUUGCGCGUACAAGUCGAAUUGGUACAACGUUUCACCCUCGGAAGCCAGAUGUCUUCUAUUCAUCAUGAACAGAUCCACUCGCCCACUCUGUUUGACUGCAGGCAAAUUUAAUACUUUUUCCAUGCAGAUGUUCAGUACCAACGUGAGAUUUUUCAAAGAAAUAUUUUACAAACUUUCAGGAUUGGGAGUAGCUAUAGGAUGGAAUCGUUGGGGCAUGGAAUUAAUUGGCAUCUGGCCGGAACCGCGCACGACCGGCGAACGUCUGUCAAAGUUUAAAAUUCUACUUUAUUUGUCCAUUGUAUUUAUGUUUGGAGUUGGGCCGCAGAGUGUGAAUCUAUUUUUCAUAUGGGGAGAUCUCGAGCUCGUGACAGAAAAUCUGUCGAUGGCUAAUAUACCUUAUAUAACCGCGAUGAUGAAGUCGAUCUACAUCUGGUAUUACAAGGAAUGUACAUUAAUAUUCUACAUAAUAUCAAAAUUGGUUAUAUUUCAAGCUUUCAAGUCCAUCAUGAAGUCCUUUUACGACGACUGGCACAGUGUAAAAACGGAGGAGGAAAAGGCAACGAUGCUGAAGAUGGCCAAACUUGCGAAAUUCAUUUCUAUACUGUGCUCGUCAUCAUCUCUCGCGAUGAUCACUGCAUUUCUAACCUUUCGAGUAGUGACUGUCUAUCUGGCCGACAGAGUAAACGAAAAUCAGGAUCGUUUGAGCCUCUAUCCCGGAUAUUUUCCUUUCGACGUUCGGCCAGCACCGACGUUGAUAAUGGUCAACUUUGCUCAAGUGAUCGCGGCCUAUUCAGCCACUAUUUGUUACACUACGGUCGAUGCCUUCAUCGCGAUGUUGAUCACGCACAUGUGCGGACAGUUUACAAUUUUGAAGAUGAAAUUAUUAAGAUUGAUGGGCGACGACAAACGGUGUAGAAGUAUAGAUGAGUUUCAAAGGGAGCUGACUUUGAUUGUUACCAAGCACGAUCAUCUGAACGGACUUGCUGCAAAGAUCGAAGCGUGCUUCAACAUAUUGUUGUUGCUUCAAUUAUUGCUCUGCACCAUCGAAAUCUGUUUCCAAGGUUUUCUAUUUAUCAACGUAAGUUCCCCUUGCUGUACUUCUAAUAUUUCAUGA